AGAAGAAGUAAUUUUCGAAUAUAUUUUUAAUUAAAUAUUCCGCCGAAUCUCCACCUAUAAAUUUAUUCCCUCUCCGGUCUUUACUCUCGCUUCUUUCUCCGCCGAUUCUCCGCCCGAACUCCGCGAGACGGCAUUGCUGCUAUCCAUGGAACGCCAUGGCAGCGCCAUCGGGGACAGCUCGUCGAAACAGAACCUGUAUGUCAAGGAGCCCUCGCCGUCGUCGGGGCCGGCCGCCAGCGAGUCCGAGCAGAAACAGGUUGUUCUUGAUAAUGUAUUGGAUCUUGAUGAAGAUGGCGAUGACCCCAAUGAUACUAUGACAAUUGGUGACACUUCAGACUACAAGAACAAACAACCUAUGAGAUACGAUACAGACUGGCAAAAUCAAGUAAAAGAUGUUUUGUCCACUGAUGCUGCUGCUUCUGGUGCAAAUAGUGGUUCGAGCCAAAAUUAUGAUGCAAAAUUGGAUAUCAGUUAUGUUGACGGCGCUGAUAAAGAUGACUUCUAUGAUUCUGAUUAUGUUGCUGACAUGGUUGAGAGUUUGGCCAGCAAGCUUAAUGAUAUGAACCUUUCAACUGGAGUUGAAUUGACGCUACCAAGCUUGAAGAAUGCUGCAAGUGAAGAACUGGGGAAGAACAAGAAGAGUGGCACUGUUGAAGAUGAGAUUGAUAUGAAAUAUAAAUCAUUUAAGCAAUUUGACAUUGUUCAAGGGCACUCAGAUCACCAUUUCGGCUUUGCAAAUGUGAACAUCAAUAAUUCAAAAGAGUGGGUAAGAAGGAUUCAGUAUGAGUGGGAGGCUCUACAGAAAAAUUUGCCUGAGAUGAUAUAUGUUAGAGUCUACGAAAAUAGGAUGGAUAUUUUGAGGGCUGUUAUUAUUGGACCAGCAGGAACUCCAUAUCACGAUGGUCUUUUCUUCUUUGACGCAUACUUCCCUCCGAAUUAUCCCUAUGUACCUCCAGUUCUUAAUUUUCAUUCUGGAGGACUUAGAAUCAACCCAAACCUGUAUGAGUGUGGGAAGGUUUGCCUUAGCCUUCUAAACACUUGGCCUGGCAGAGAAUGUGAAAUGUGGAGACCAUCAAACUCGACAAUGUUGCAGGUCUUAGUUUCUAUUCAGGCUCUAAUUCUAACCGAGAAGCCAUUCUUUAACGAACCAGGAAAUGAAGGAAUUGAAAAUACAGUGUAUGGUAAGCUUAAUUCCCUCGCUUAUAAUGAAGACGUAUUCCUCCUAUCCUGCAGGAUAAUGUUGUACUCCCUGAGGAAGCCUCCAAUGCAUUUUGGUGACUUUGUGGCUGGACAUUUCCGUUACCGGGGGCGAGCUUUCUUGUUGGCAUGCAAAACUUACAUGAGUGGUGUUCCGGUCGGAUUAGAGCAUGUCAUCAAGGAGCCCCCGCGUCUCUUCCCGGAAGCAUUCAAAAACUCUUUAAAGGCUCUGUUUGACGUUCUUCUGAUGGAAUUCACUGGUAAAGGAGCUCAUUGUGAUGGAAUUCAGUGAUAAAUUUUGCAAUCAAGCCAAUUCUCCAAUUUUUUGCAUUAACGAUCUAAAUUAGUUUCCAUGUAAAUAAUACCUUAGAUACUGGUGAGCUGCAGAUUGUAUGGUUUCAUCAUUUGAGUUGAAAAAUUUUAAUGAACUCCAAUGAACAUUAUAACAGAUUUUGAAAGGUAG